AUGUAUUAGGAAGACACCCUUAACAUAAAUCAAAUUCAAUUUAAUCAACUCUUAUUGGAGGCUCACAGUCAAUUCUAACUAAGAGAUAUGAAUCAGGCAAUAAGAUUAUAUGAAGAGGCUUUGAAUUGUCAAGAGGCUGGAAGAGGUAAAAUCAAAUAUAAAUUACAAGAUAUUGAUAGAAUGGCUAUAAUCCUUGCUAAUUUGGGCAUAAUUUAUUUUCAUAAUUGCGAUUAUAAAUAAGCAACCGAAAAGCUAAUUUAAGCAUUCACAAUGCUGGAUAGAAAGAAUGAUUUCAAAUGUGCAUUACUAAUUAAAAUUUUAGGAAAUUUAGCUAUUAUCAAGUUAAUAACAACAGAAUUUUAAGAAUGCAAAGAUUAUAAUGACUAAGCAAUUCAAUUAAUUUUAUCAGCUUAACCCCCAUUGUAAUAUCAGCUUUUUAAAGAGCUAAUGUACAUAUAUUACAGGUUUUAAUCAUUUGAAGCAAUGGGAGAUGGCAAUUUCGAAAAUCUAGAAUAAAAGUAUGAUGGACAGAGUUUAGCAUGCUUUUAUUCUUCUAUGGGAUUGAAUCGCGAACUAUGUGGAGACAUGGCCCUAGCUUUUAGGUAUCAUCAGAAAGCUCUAAAAUUAUGGUAUGAACUUAAAGAAAAUGGAUUUAUUGUAAUUACAUUAAGAAGAAUUUUAACAAUAGCACAAAAUGAAAGAAUGGAUUGUAAGGAUUAUGUGUAAUAAUUAUAAAAAUGUAUGUAAUCCCCUGAAUUAAGGGGAAUAAGCCCAGAAAUUUUAUUUAAGGAUUGUGAAAAAAAAUUAUAAUGUGCUAGAGAAAUAACCACAUCAUUGCAAAAAUUAGAAUAAUAAUUGAAUUAUCAAAAGAAUUAGUAAUUAUUGUCAUAGCCGUUAACGGUUAAAUAACAAGAUGAAUUUUGGAAACUAGCUCUAAAAUUAAGACUCAAAAGAGCAAUCUAAUAUUGCUACCAUCAGUUGUCAUAAUAGGAAGUUGAGAAUGCAUCUUUACUAUAAUAAUCUAUUACGUAACUCGAACAUUCUUUAAAGUUAUUGGACUAACAAUAACCAUAUGAAAACUAUUUAUAGAACUUGCCAUUUACAAAGGAAUCAGUCAAUAUAAUCAAAUCUCAUUUAUUGAAAUUCAAUCGAAUCUGUUUGAAAAUAUAAUUACAACCCUUUCUCAACUAUCUUUAUUAGUUAAAACUAGAAGAUGAUUAAGGACAAUAGCAAUUUUAAUAGCAGCAAUUUAAUUCAAAAUUUUAGUCUAAUUAACCAUACAAUUAGUAAAUUUAAAAUUCGAAUUAUUAAACUUAACAAUAACCAUAGUCUUUAUCUAAUAGGUAAAGGUAACUUGACUCAAUAAAUUCAUAAUACAACUCUUAACAAAGUUAGGUUAAUAAUGAAUAAUAAAAUUAAUUGAAUGUUCAAUCCUAUCACUCAACAAAUGAUUAAUAAAAUUAUAUGGUAAGAGGCUAAAAUCCAGUUUAGUAUUAAAAUAAUCAAUACCAAUAAUUUAAUAACCCUUUGCAGAGUAAUUAUCCACAAAAUAACCAAAUUGAACAGCAAGACUUCAAAUAGCAGAAGUAAUAAACAAUGUAUGCGAAUAAUUAUGAAUAACAUUAAUUAAAAAAUAGUGGUUAAUUUGGAUCUUAAAUUAUUGGUGUUACUGGAAAUAAUCAAUCGAAGAUUAAUACUGCCUAAUAAUAAUAAUAAUUAUUAUAGUAGUAAUAAUAAUCUUAAUACUAAUCAUAAUAAUAAACAAACCUAAAAUUCUCAAAAUCUUAAUAGAAUCCUUAACAAAUAAAAUAAGGUUAGAAUAUGACAGUUUCUCUAACAAAGUCAUAAAAAUUAAAAAAUGUAGGUCUUCUUAACGCUGCCUAUAGAACAGUCAUGUUGGGGGAUUAACUUACUAAAUGCAACAAGUCUUCAAACGGAAGAAUAGAAAGAUUUUUCAUCCUAGCUAAUGACGGCACUUUUAGAUGGGCUCAAAAUAAUAAACAUAUUAAUGAUCCAAAAUCUGUGAACUCCUAUUUAGUUUCAGAUAUAAGAGGUUUAUUGUAUGGAAAAGUAACUGAUGUUCUUAGAAAAUCAUACAAUGACAAAUUAGAACCUUGGUUAUGCUUUUCUUUGGUAAUGAAAACUAGAUCUAUGGACUUCUAUGCUCAACCAUUAUAAAUUAACUCAUGGGUCUUUGCAAUGUCUGAAGAAAUAAAAAGAAGGAAUCCAUCAGCAUUUGUGAUUACACCAGGGAAAAUGCUUUGGAGAAAAAUAAAGAUUAUCUUACAUUGGUAUUUUGUGGAUAAAAAAAAAGAAAAAGGAGGAAGUAAAAAAAAGAAUUAGCGCGAAAUUAGAUUCGCAAAGCUAUUGUUAUUAUAUGCAAAUAAUCUAUGUAGAUUACCUUAAAUAUAAUGA